AUGGCGACGUUAGAAGACGAAAUUAGGGAUUUGAAAGAGAAAAAUAAUGAACUGGUGCAAAAAGUGCAGUUCUGGAAGCUGGCUGCCGCCAAGAAGGAGGAUGAGAAGCUGACACUUAUGAAAGAGGUCAAUGAAUUGAGACUUAAACUGAGCAUGCUCAGAAACCAUGGUUCAACCAAAGCAAAGAAACUUGACGGUGCAUUACAAGAAGCAAGUGAGAAAGCUAUCGCACAUCUGGUUAAUGCUUCUGCGGAAAUAGCCAAAAGUAUGGAGAUAGCUAAAGUUUAUAUGAGGGAAAGAGAAGAGUUAGAGGAGCAGCUGCCUCGUUGGAGCACACUUGGUGGGACUCCGAGAGCAGAUAAUACAGAAAGAGUGCACAGAGUGGCGCCUAUGAUGAUGGAAGGGCGCUGUGUUCAGCCUGUAGUUGAACUUAACAGGACUAUCUUGCUAAGAAGUGGAUCAGGAUCUGGAGAUACUACUGAGAGGGCAGUGCCUUUACGCAUGUUGCAAGAUGUCUAUAUUCCAUUAACUAGGAUUGAUAUAUCAGAUUUUGCACACCCAACUGUGGAUGUGGAAUCUAAUAUGGACACGGGUACUGAGGAGUUUAUGGAAGGGUACGGACCGCCAGGAGUUCCAGUGCCAAUUCACAGAGGGCAAAGGCGCCGUGACCGCCGUGACCGCAGAGACCGCAGGGAUCGCAGAGAACGCACGGCAGACCGGUCAGGGGAUCAAUAUGAGCAACCUUCUGAGCAGCACUAUGAAGAACAUGUUCAACAACAUCCAGAACAUCAGGAACAGCACUAUGAUGAAGAACAACACUAUGACGAACAGCAGGAACAACACUAUGACGGACAACAACAACAUUAUGACGGACAGGAGGAACAACACUAUGAGGGAGAGCCAGAACAACACUACGAUGAUCAGAAUUUGGACUCCAGUGGGGAGCCUAUGUCAGAAGGGAACGACUAUGCUAUUAAAUUGGAGCCGGAGAGUGAGGAAGAAAGGGUGGUCAUGGAAGAAUCACAGAGGAUAGGCAUGCAGUUACGAGAUGACAGUUGGCCUCAGCAAGGAUUUGAGACUAUCGAGGAGUCUCCGGAAGAGGCUCACCAGGCCUCUAUGAACAGCACCGCAUAUGACAACCCACUGGAAGGUCCCAGCUGGUUACUGGACCGCACCCCGACUACACCUCGCACUCCUACAGCUGCUUCUCAUACUCCUACAAACCGCCAUGAACCCACACCAAGGAAUGGUAGGAGCUUCACACUGGACUCCACAACGGAGAGGAACAAGACACCAAACACAUCCACCAGGAACACUGAUGAAAAUGUACCAACGGAGGCGAGCCCGGCGCAGGUGUCGUUCUCCCCGACGGUGCGGCGGCGGGCGCGCACGUCGUCCCCGGCCGCCACGCCGCACUACUCGCCGCGCCCCGCCGCCUCCAGGCGGACCAGUCGGACCAGCUUGAACGGACGAGUGCUAAAGGUGUUGGUGGCUAAGAUGCGCCUAGACGGCAGUCCCCUGGCCCUGUCCCCGGCGAAGCAGGCUCGGUCCCCGCGCACGGUGCCACCAUUCGACGCACCCAGCCCCAACGGGGCUACUGACUCCAGAGUUAUUGUGUCGGAAGCUAGAAGCAUAGACCAGGAAGUGCCGGAGUCAGUGCGGGAGGCGUCCCUUAGCGGCAGGGGGCGACACAGUCGCGACCUCGACGACCGCAGUCUGCUCGUGCACUCCAGGGACAGUUCUACCCUCCGCCACAGCAGACUGGGCAGCCAGGACGCCCGCGACAGCGGACAGAGCAGUCGGCGCGGCAGACUCGACGACAGCGACAGCAGCGGCGCCGGGGGGACUGUCGGCGAGGGACGGACGCGGAGGCCUAGGAAGGCCAUCACCUAUAAGGAGAAACCUUUGAAUAGGAAAUUGCGAAGAUGA